GACAUCAACGGCAACAGCAUUUUGCUCUCACACAGCUACACAAGUAGUCAAUCCUCCGCUUCCAAUGAAACUUCCAAACCCACUUGCUCUUGUUCUUCACUCUCACUGACCAGAUGGGCAAAGCAUCACAGUGGUUUCGGGGUCUCCUCGGCCUGAAAAGGCACGACGCGCGCUCUCCAGCCUCCGCAGCUCCGACGAAGCCUCCAAAAGAGAAACGAAGAUGGAGCUUCGUGAAGUCGUACAGAGAAAAAGACCACCACGCCACCAAACACGCCCACGGAGCAACUACGACGCCGACGCCGACGACGACGAAGACGACGACCUCGUACGGGCACGAGGAGGGCGCGGCGGGGGAUCCGACCAAGCAUGCCAUUGCGGUGGCCGCGGCUACGGCGGCGGUUGCGGAGGCUGCGCAUGCGGCGGCUCAGGCGGCUGCCGCGGUGGUCAGGUUGACCAGCAGCGGGAGGUGCGCCGGACACCCCGCCGCGCCGGACGUUAGCCGCAGCCUCGUCGUUGCAGCGCGUGAAGAGUGGGCAGCGUUGAGGAUUCAGUCCGCUUUUCGAGGCUGCUUGGCGAGGAGAGCAUUGCGGGCAUUGAAAGGAUUGGUGAAGCUUCAGGCACUGGUUAGAGGUCACAUUGAAAGGAAGAGGACAACAGAGUGGUUGCAGAGGAUGCAAGCUUUGUUACGGGCCCAGGCACGAGCGCGUGCUGGACGGGCCCAAAUUUCGGAGUCUUCGUAUUCGAGUAGUAGCAAGUCUUCUCACUUCCACCACACUGGUCCAGCAACCCCAGAAAAAUUUGAGCAUGUCAUCAGAUCCAAGAGUAUAAAACAUGAUCAGUCACCAGUGCUCAAGAGAAAUGGCUCAAAAUCAAACGCAAGGCUCAUUGGCGAUCUUGACAAAGCACACUUAGGUUGGAAUAGGUCCGACAGUCGGAGGGAUGAACGAUCAUCAGAUCAAAGGGGGUGUUCAACGAGGACUGGCACCACAGACGAUGAAAAAAAUGAUAAGAUCCUUGAGGUCGAUUCUGGAAAACCCCACUUCACUAAACGCAAAAACCUCUUCAACUCUUCUCUUCAUGUUCUGGCCUCUGAUCAGUAUAGUCAUAGCUUUACCACUUCAAAGGAUUCAACCACCCAUCACACAGUUCCAAGUCCAUCUUCUUGUGAAGUCCAAUCUUUAAGCCCGUUGAAAUUCUCCCACGAAGUCGAGGACGGCGCUUUCUACACCGCCGAUAAUAGCCCACAGGUCUUUUCCGCUUCGUCGAGAGGUGGCGGCGGUUCGAAAAGAAGUCCCUUCACUCCUACAAAGAGUGAUGGCUCAAGAAGCUUCUUGAGCGGUUACUCUGACCACCCAAACUACAUGGCUUUCACUGAAUCUUCAAGGGCUAAGGCGAGAUCUCUCAGUGCUCCUAAACAAAGGCCGCAAUAUGAGAGAUCUAGUUCAGCAAAGAGGUAUUCUGAAUCAAGAUCAAGUGCACAAAAGCUCUCUCAUUUGCAUGCUAACUUUGCAAGUAAAGCCUACCCAGGAUCUGGUCGCUUGGACAAGCUUGGGAUGCCAGUGGGUUAAUUAAAAAGCUAAUAUGUUUAUAGAGAUCCACUUUUUUGGUCAAUCAUCUAAUCUGGCUAACCGUUGUAUUUAGUUAUAAUCUAAUUUACAUAAUAUGAAUGUUAAAGUACUUUUUAAGUCUUCAUGUUUAGGUUAUUUUUAUUUUAACUGCUCACUGAGAUGUCUCUGAGCAGUUUACAUUUAGUUUGCAUGUAACUUUAAUUAUCGUCUAAUUUAGUAGAUAUAAUGUUAAGUUGGCCUAA